AUGAGCAGCUACGGCAGUUACGCUACCUACGGUAGUGGACGUAAUGGAGGCUCACCAUACACCAGCCAUAUCGUUGAUCCUUAUGCCCGCAAUCUGUCCAGUCAGUUCGAGUAUAUUGACGCAGACCAUGGCAUAUUACAAGACACUCAACGACCUUCGAUGACAAAAUCAUACAACAAUGAAUAUGACAAUCCAGACACCCCUGAUGUUAUCCUUGUACGAUACAUGGCAUCUCUAAUACCUGUCGAAUUUCCCGCAUACUCAAUCAGUGAAGAGAAGGCAUAUGUGGGUCAACUGAGGGAGGCUGUCGCACGGGCGUUGUCAACAGAUCCCAGACGAGUCAGACUGGUCUAUAAGAAAAAGGACCUGAAGCAUGACUCCUAUCCGUUGAGAAAGUACAAUAUGAAACAGAAUAGUGAAGUCGCCGCUAUCAAGACCGAAGCCAUUCUUGAUUACAGCGAUCGAGAGAGUCCUUCUUCAAGCGACCAGGAGAGCUCAGUUGUCAGCCAGAAUCCUCGGCGACGGCCUCGCGCAUUGUCAUCUGUGAGAGACCGCAGCAGUGACCAAAUACCGACACAGAAGACACCCACUUCGUCCACAUUUCUUUCGCCUAAUGGUCAUAUCUCUUCCGGUACUGCAUCAGAACGACAAUCUCGUGGCAGUCUGAGACCCGAGGCCGACGACCGAAAUUAUCGAAGAGAACCUUCCCGUACGAGAGGAACAUCACCCCAUCCUGCUCCCAGCUCGACACCGGCGCCUUCAGCCAGAAUACCCGCAGACCCGAACUCGCCACUGGGCAAGCUGCAAGCCCUGUCGGAUGCAUUUCACGAAAAAUGGCUUCCUUUAUGCCGAAAGUUCAUCUCGAAUCCUCCUUCGAACGAUCACGACCGGGAAAAAGAGCACCGCAAGCUGAGCGAAAGUAUCAUGCUUCACAUCUUGCUCAAAGCCGAUGCUAUUGAGGUGGACAACCCCGAGGCCCGAGCGUUUAGAAAGAGUCUGGUUAACGAGACCAACGAUGUUAUGAAGAAGUUGGAUGCGGUAGCGAAAGAGUGA